AUGGCCACAGCCGCAGCAGCUUCAGCUUCCUACAAGGCUCGCAAGGAGGCAUUCGUGUCCAACCUCUACGGAAGUUCCUUGACCGAGAUCAACCUGGUCACGCUGGUUGCCGCAGCCGCAGUAUUUCUCUGGACUGCUCUGCAGAGGAAAUACUCCUUCUUCACGCCGUACUCUCCCCUCGCUAUUCUCGCCGACUUCUUGCUGAAUGUUUGCGCCAUUUUGUUCGCCAUCACUCUGUACUCAUCAGCUCCCUUAGCCUUGAACAUCUUUCUCAUCACCCCGGCGGUUGUCCUUGUAUUUCUCCAGACCGGACAAGGACAGUCGACGACGACGACGACCUCUUCUUCGUCGGAUGGACCAGCAACAAACCUAUCAUCGGCAGCAAGAACGGCGAAAAAACCAGCAAAGGUCAACCCUGCUGUCGCUGUCAAUGGCACCCCGUCCGAUGCUCCUCCUCCGGCCCUCCCCGUGCGACCAUUCCUCACUCACUACCGGGGGUCCAUGCUCGUCGUGACCUGUCUGGCCAUUUUGGCGGUUGACUUCCCCAUCUUCCCGCGCCGGUACGCCAAAGUCGAGACAUGGGGCACCUCGCUGAUGGACCUGGGGGUUGGCUCCUUCGUCUUUUCGGCAGGUGUGGUCUCUGCUCGAGCCGUCGUGAGAGCUGGUCCCAGCAAUCUCUCAUCACCAUCCGCCACCACCAACAACUUUGCCAAUCGAUUCAUUCAAGCCGUUCGCCAUUCCAUCCCCUUGCUCGUUUUGGGCUUGAUCCGCCUGUACAGCGUCAAGGGGCUCGACUACGCCGAACACGUCACCGAAUACGGCGUGCACUGGAACUUCUUCUUCACGCUGGCCCUACUGCCACCCUUUGUAGAGAUCUCUGACAGCCUCACGCGCAGGGCAUUCAAGUCCUACGAGACCUUGGCUCUUACCUUGGCUGUCAUCUACGAACUAGUCCUCAACAACACCUCCCUCCUCUCAUACAUCCUGAUCUCCCCGCGGGGACCAUCGCUCCUCUCCAAAAACCGCGAAGGCGUCUUCUCCUUCACCGGCUAUCUGGCCAUCUUCCUCGCCGGGCGCGGAGCCGGGUUGGGGGUGGUGCGCUUCAACGAGCCCGUCCCAAAGCUCUCCAAGCAGUCCCCCUCCUCGAGGGAAGUCACGGCGCGAGAGCGACAAGUCGUCCUGCGGGCCCUGUUGAUCCAAUCGCUAAUCUACACCUCUCUCUACUGGCUCUCCACGAGCCUCUACACAUUCAACCUCACCGUCUCGCGCCGCCUCGCCAACCUGCCGUACGUCCUCUGGGUCGUGGCCUUCAACAACGCCCAACUCUUCCUCUUCGGGGUCGUCGAAGCCUCCGGCCCGCCCUUCUCCUAUUCCACCGAACCCGAAGCCCACCCGCACUCCAAACCGGCGUCUAUGGCAACCAGCCGCAUCCUAGGCGUGUACAACAACAACGGCCUCGUCGUUUUCCUGGUCGCCAACCUCUUGACGGGUCUCGUGAAUCUGAGUCUUAAUACGCUGGACAUGCCGCCGCUACAGGCUAUGGGUCUGUUGGUGGGGUACGCCGUGCUGGUCACGGCGACGGCGCUGGGGUUGAGUAAGAGUGGUGUCAAGAUCAAACUAUGA